GAGCUCGGUCGGAUCCGUCUGCCCACGGCCGAAUGUUUUGUUGACGCAGAAGCGCAAAUAAAUUGCGCAGGCAGUGCAACGAUUAAACACGUUCGUAGGCCACUGAAAAGUGAUGUAAAUAACGAAUAAAACGCAGAACAUUGUAAACAAAGACUUCAUAUCGUACUUACAACCACAAUAAUCCUAUAAAAAGACAAAAUCCGUGUGGUGAUCGCUCGCAGCACCAUAGGAACCGACUAGUGAAAAAACUACGACACAAGUGACGGACGUCUUCUAAAAUGAUUUUGUGUUAAUUUUAGGAAAACAGACUUUGUAGUUGAGUAAAGAGACUGUCGUUCCCCGGAGUGCCACAUCUCGAGGGCCUUCGUGUAUUGGAUGAACAGAAAGAGGGUGGCGGGUGCAGAGCGGCAGGGCGCGGCGCGGUGCGGAAGCGCGCGCGGCAGGUGACCGGCGGCGCUCGCGGCUCAUGUGGGCAGCCGGCGCGUGCUGCUCGCGCCAGGCAGGAGGAGGCGACGCCGGCGGCGCGGCGCGCACGCCCGUCAAGACCUUCCAAGCCUACCUGCCCCCGGCGCACCGCACCUACAGCUGUAUCCACUGUCGCGCGCACCUUGCCAGCCAUGACGAGCUUAUAUCUAAGUCGUUCCAAGGCAGCCAGGGGCGGGCUUAUCUCUUCAAUUCAGUAGUAAACGUGGGGUGCGGACAGGCGGAGGAGCGCGUGUUGCUGACGGGGCUCCACGCCGUUGCAGACAUCUACUGCGAGUGCUGCAAAACCAUGCUCGGAUGGAAAUAUGAGCACGCGUUUGAAUCGAGUCAGAAAUACAAAGAGGGCAAGUUCAUAAUAGAACUGGCUCACAUGGUGAAGGAGAACGGCUGGGACUAGGCCGCGCCAUGUGAUAGACUGGUGACGGACGCUCAGUGCAGUGCCGCGCGAGUCAAUUACGAUACCGCACGUGUGUUCCGGCAUGAGCCCGCGCCGCCGCCGCGAGCCCUCGUGAUAGUGGCCGCGGCGCGCGAGCCUCAGCCUCCGCGCCACCGCCGCCCGCUCGGAACGCUUCGACAAACUAUUUUUGUCACACUAAUGUUAUUAUUCGAAGGCCGAAGCGCCCCGAAUCGACGGCCGGUGGACACAACGCCUUAUGCGCUCUUCGUACUUUAGCCGGCUUCAGCGCUUGCGCACCACCAGUCAACGUAAUGUAACGUUAUACAUAAGUUAUCGAUCUCAACCGCCCGCGGGGCACUGGGCUUAGAUUUUAUACUAAUUAUAAUUUGAACGAGUUAUUUUCGCCGUCACGACGCCUGGCGACAGGCGCCCUUACGUCGUAAGUUGUCUUAGUUUAUACAUUUACUGCAUCGUACUGUAUUGAGAGAACACUAAUACUUUCUCUUGUCCCCUUAACCUGUGAUAAGUAUGUUAGUAUAGAAUUUUGAAUUUCUUGAACGAUUUUUUCAAGAAGUUGCUCAGAAAUGUCAGAUGUAUGUUCCUAAUGAUUUCAGCUGUACAAUUUGCUUUUUUUUAUUUUGUGAGGAAACUAGUCGAAACGCGGUCCAGCAAUGGAGAAAUGAUUUUCAUUUUAUUUUACUUGCGCCUGAUUUAGUGAUUUUUUUAGUUUUAAUUGAGACGUUAUUUCGGCUUUCCUCUCUUUAUAUUUUGAGAUUUUCGGUACUUUCGUUCAAUAUGAGGAACAUUUGACAAUGUUGUCAACAGUGAAUUAAUUUGGUCGUUGAACACACCACUAGUUGUUAGUUGGAGUCAGUACUCCAGUGAGCAUUCUGAGGACGUUUAUUUUAAUUUUUUAGAUGAAGUUUAGGAGUAUAGGACGGUUUUAUUAUUCAUUUAUUGUUUCCAUUGAAAUGUAUUAGUGGAACAUUUACCCGUAUAAUUUACUUUACUGCAUGGUACUUCGUUUAAUAUUGUAACCUCGGUGUAAGUCGCAUGAGCUUCUCGUCUCUAUGGUUAUCCUUACGUCAAUUGGUCGUUUGCUUUCCGUACGUCACCGCAUUAUUUGUGUACUGUCGCCCGACAUGUAACUUCAUUAAAGAACUAACGUCCGACCUAACAAUAAUCAUUUAAUUGAUAAAAAUAACAAGGAUGUAAAGGGAGUAAUGUAAUUUGUCUGUCUUUAUGGAUCCACAAACAUAAGAAUGUAAUAGUAAAUGCAAACGAACGACAGAUGGCGGGACAAUCGACUGAAAUGUCACUAAUCUGUCAAAAGUUAGUUAUUUUGUCCGCUUGAUUUAUUUUCUAUGUAAUUAUGGCGCCACAGGCACACCAGAUCAUUACUGGGUUUAAAUCACAAAUGAAAUAGUGUGAAAAUAUAGGAGCAAAGUUUAUAUUACUCCUAAUACAGUGAUUGUAUAAAUCUGCCGUCGCAUACUAUAUUAUCAGAGCGUUGUCAACUGCCACUAGCAUAUGUACGUGUAAUAUAAUGUAAUAUGUAAUACAAAAUCAAUGUAAGACGCUCGUUAUAUUGUGCAGAGUGAUAUUUUUUUAUAUUUUUUAGUCUGGAAAGCAACUGAAAUAUGAAUAAUUGUAAGCAGACGUAAUGCCAAGUCAACGAAAAAUUAAUGUUUUCUUAUACCAUAGCAUUUAUUAUAAGGUAUUAAUAUAUUAUCCACUCAGACCUGUGUGGUUUAUGCUCUACACUCCUUUAAGUAAUAAGGAAUAAGUAAUAAGGAAAAGCCUUGCUUGCCUCUUUAUCUAUUACUCACUAACAACUGACGCCAUAACGGCUAAAAGAAAGAUGUCACUCUGCAUAAGUAUUUAUUUUUACAACUAAUAAAACUUAGUAUGCUACUAGUUUCGGAUUUGUUUAGUAUAAGACAACGUGUCUAUAUAAUAAUAUGUAUAAAAGACGUAUUUGUAACGAUUUUACGCGACCGAACGAAUGGUGUGACCGUUCCGAAUGUGUUUUCUUCGCAUGUAAAUUAUUAUCAGGGGUCAUUUGUAAGUAAAAAUCGUACUUAAAGCUGAUCUCUGGUUAUGCAGAAUUUAUAUGUGAAUGAGAUUUUAUUUGAUGCAUUAUUAUUUUGUAACAGGCGCAAAUAGUUAUGCUGAACUCAGAAGUGGUUCAUUUAUUUAUUUGCGUCACAAAUGCUCGCACAAAAUUGACUUGAAACAACGAUGAAUUAAUUCUGUUAAGGGGCCAUUUGGAUGGGCGUAGAAAAACGCGUUACAGAUAAUUUAAUUUACAUGAUGUAAAGAUACAGAUUGUGGCAGAUGGGUGAAUAUUUAAAUGUCGAUGACAUCAAAGUCCGUCAAGUAUUUGUAUGUUAGAACGUAUUUUGCACACUAAUGGUUCCGCAAACAGUUAUAACUAUUGUCCUACAUAAUUUAUAACAUAAUUUAUCCAUACUUACACAUUCCCUAUUCACCCUUGAAACUUUCCGGGAUAAAUGUUUCAAUGAUUCUGAAUUCAAAUAAAACCGGGAAAAUUAAAUAUUGUACUGCAUAUUCUCCUUAAAAAAUCUCAAGGAAAAAUAAAGCAUAGACAACAUUCAUUUCGUUUCUAUCUAGAAAUAAUAAUAAAUGUAUUCAGAAUAACAACUAGUGUUGUACACGUGUUUUAUUAUAAGUAACGCACAUAAAUGUACCUACGCCCGUCCGAAAUAUGCGUUAGACGCAAAGAUAUUGUGACGUCAGUCCUGUGCGAGCUGUAACAGAUACGUCUUUUAAAAUCGAACAUAUUCAGUGUAAUAUGAUAAGGUUAAUCGAUAAAAAACGCAUUGCAAGUUCACUCGUUUGUUAAAUGUAAUCGUAUUACCUGUUAUCAUAGGGUAUAAUGUUGUGGUGCACAAUGUUCAAUGAAAAUGAGGCUGUCCUAGCUGCGAUUAAAACCCCAGUUAAUUAGGAAAAUAAGUUGUAAUGUACCUGACUGGCAGGUUCAAUGAAAUAUAAAAAUAUUUACAUAAUUUUGUUGAAAGUGCGAAGUCAUAAUCUUCUGAACUAUUCUGUAUACUUAUUAUAACUGACCGGUCAGGUAAAUUAUAAUGUGAUGAAAAUUAUAAAGUUGGGCUGUAAAUGUCUGAAAACUGUAGUAUUGUACUUGCUCAUAGGACCGCAGAUAUAUCAUAGUGUAAAUGUGAUUAUAUUUUCAUUAAGAACAUUAUGCAACAAGUCGAUAUUUGAGAUUGUCAUAGUAGUAUAGUUUAACACUCUUAGACCUACGAUUUACCUAUCUUUGACGCCGUUCGACACACCAAAAAAAAGUAUAUUUAAAAAGAGAAAUUGUGAGAAAAUUAAAAUCAAGCUAGAUUUCUGUGAGAGUAUUUUUCUACUUGGUCGUUUAGGGACGCUAUUAGAUAUUUUUGGACCACUGUUAAGAUAAAAUGAUCAGUAUUCGCGAGGAGAACGUUAAUGUUAGUUAUGGAUGUUGGUUAAAGUGUUGUUGUCGAGAUUAGUAAAAGCGCUUUUCCUAGCUGUAAACAUGCACCCGAACACUUACUCAAACACUGUUUUAGAUAUGCCUAAAAUGUGUAUUGCCUUACACCAUGUUUGUAAAGUUGCUUGUCAGUACAUGUCAUUUCUUUAGCUGCUAAGGUCUUGUUGAUGUUACGUUGUUGUGGCUCGGCCCUUGUUUCGUUGUAGUACAUUCUUAAAUAGGUAUAACGCGUUUGGAUUUGAAAUAGCUAGUUCCCCUCCGAGGUACAUGUUUUAGGUAUAUCGAGACGUCCCGGUCUUGGAGUGUUAACCGACCGACUCGAGGUAUAACAAGGUCAGCUGAUUAUAAAUGGUGCAUUUCAUAAGUACGUUGUAUGUUUCGCGUAUAAAUUAUAAGGUAUCCCAUUUAGGUGUUCACCAAAAAAAAACCGCUUAAUAUUUUUGUAUUUUCCUAGUAUGUAACGAAGCAUUAUAAAUUUGUGGUGUUUCUAACGAUUGUGUAUGCAUUAUGCUAUAGAUGAGUAUUUCGUAAACAUUUGGUUGAAAUAAUAAGUGCGUAAUAAAACACUUUUUCGUAUUAAA